AUGACGGCGCUGGUGGUGCUGGUCCUGGCGGCUCUGCCUUGUCUGUUGCACGGCCGUCUGGUGCAGGAGGCUGAGGAUGGCUUCGCUGAGUGCAAUGACUUCUUCCUCCAGGGUAACCCUCCGCAUGGCUUCAGUGACCCGACACAUGCCAGGAUCUGCCAGCGGUACCAGGGGGACAAGCAGUUCGCCACCCUGUACAGCACCGAGCACAAGAUCCCGCUCUACUCCGCAUUCCUGUACCGGGAGGGGGCGUCCAGUAUGGAGGGGGACUGGCUGCUGGAGCCGCAGCUGGAUGAUUCAAAGAGCAGUUUGGAUGAAGCCACCAAAGGCUCGGAGCAGAUUGAAGGUCUUGGUACCAACCAGGCUUUAGAGGAAGAUUAUGCCUCAUCCGAUUACCAGCCAAGUCCUCUCUUUCAUAGAGCACCAGCCUUGCUUACUAAUACUGUGCCACUCCCACAGAACUUUAAGGAGAAAUGGGCCACGGAUGUGGAUCAGCUGCUUAAGGAGAAGCUAGUGCCUCAAUGUGGAAAUGGAGGGAACUUGCAUAUUAUUGUCGGUGCUGUCCCAUCUAGUAAUAAAAUGAAAGACAAAGUGAGCAUUCCAGAAUAUGUCUGGCUUGCAGCUUUCUGCAGUGUUCCUGAGGCAUGGUCUUUAGGAGUCAUCAAGUCAGUUGGAGAUGCAGAUAAUCUGGAACAGGUCACUUUGGAAGAACUGGAAAGUAGGUUGCCCAGUGGUGUAAAGUUAUUCUCCAACCAGUGUGGAGAAGGAGCUGUGUCUGCUGAACAAAGAACAUCUGAAUCUGCCACCCAAACAGAGGACGAGGGUCCCGCUAGGCCAGGAGCCUUUUCUAGGUUCUUUCAGCUCCUUUUCUGCAUCACCUACGAGAUUGUGAACAACAUCUUGUGCCUAGUGUGGUUCCUGGUCAAGCAAGUCCUUAAUUUAGUUUUUGGAAGACUGUACUGGAUCUGGACUGCAGCCACCACCUACAUUUUUGCUCUGAGCAAAGUUUUGCUGAACAUCCCAUGUGAUGUCCUCAGAGUUCUCGCAAAUAUCCUCUGUGGCUUUGUUCGCAUUCUUAACAAUGUGUUUUCUGCUGUCUGCCUCCUACUUAGGCUGCCGACAAGGUUCCUGUGUGACAUGGCCAGUUUCCCAUAUUAUACAGUUUGUGCCAUCCCAGACGUGGGCAUUGACAUACUAAGUGGUAUCUGGGGUGUAGUCGCUUUGGGUUUCCAUGCUGUGUUUGGCGCAUUUGGGGGCUCAUUCUCGGUGGCUUCCUUUGCAGGCAGCAGUUUUUUCUCAAAGUUAUUUGGACAGUCUGAGGGUUAUGAAAACGAACUAGUCUCACUAACCUAGAACCGCAACCAUACUGCUGAUUGAUGUGCUAGCACUUUCCUGCAAGUCAUUUGAAUUUUCUGCGGGAACUAGACCAAAUUUGCUUUUCUUUUAAUCCGAAUAUUGUAAGUCCGCAGGGGUUAAACAUGUUUUAGGUGCCACGAACACUCUGGCUUUUCAGUAUAUUAAAUAGGAACAACCAGCUAGCUUUGGAUCUCAUCAUCAGAUUUGGAAAUGUUGUUUACGGUCACCUGUAUGACUGAGUUUCUGUAUAUUUCUAGACCGAGAAUGGCUGUAAAAUUUGGCUUGUGCAAUGGUAGUUUGAAAUACACUGUUCGAAAAUCUAACUAAUACAAAUCUGUAUAUAUGGUACAUGCAUUGGGAAAGGCCAUGGUGAGCCGGGAUUGGAAUAAUGAGCCAGAUAACUUGGUAAUGUUUUAGGAGAAAGGGUUUUGACUUGACUUUGCAUCGCCUGUUAUAAUUUAUUUUUAGAA